GGCGCGCAGUAAACACGUGGGCAAACAGGGCAACGUCAGCUGGUGGGAGGUGCCAAGAGGAUGAGGAGCGGGCCCUCGAGGAGGGUUCAGCCGAGCAAAGGUCUGCGGAAGAGGGAACGGCCAGUGCAAAGAAGGACGCAGGCUCGACGUGCCUGGCAGACUCCUGGCUGUGUCGGGGAAGGAGGAAGCAGGGACACCGGUUAGGAGACCGCUGCAGUCCCUAGGUCACUUUGGCGGCAAUUCAUAGAGAACGGCUUGAGGCGACAGAGUGGAUGUGACUGGAGCUCUCCUCCGACCUGGAGACCUGUGAGCCCUGUGUCCACUUAAUGAUGGAGAGGGUUGGCUUGGGCCACCAGCCCCUAGGGUGAGGCCUCUGCCUGGGGCUCCGUGGAUGAUUCUGAAUCAUGGAGGCGAAGAGGACUCCUCCAGCUAGGAGACCUUGUUGAAAGUCGUGGCCCAGCUCUGCCGGCUCUUCCUGUGGUUGUCCUCGGGAGAGGUGCCUGCCCCCACUGACCCAGAGGGAGGGAGUUGCAGCUUCCCCGGAUGGGGAGGUGGGCCCUCGACGUGGCGUUUGUGUGGAAGGCCGUGUUGACCCUGGGGCUGGUCCUUCUCUACUACUGCUUCUCCAUCGGCAUCACCUUCUACAACAAAUGGCUGACGAAGAGCUUCCACUUCCCGCUCUUCAUGACGAUGCUGCACCUGGCCGUGAUCUUCUUGUUCUCUGCCCUGUCCAGGGCCCUGGUUCAGUGCUCCAGCCACAGGGCCCGCGUGGUGCUGAGCUGGACGGACUACCUCAGGAGAGUAGCUCCCACAGCCCUGGCGACAGCGCUUGAUGUGGGCUUGUCCAACUGGAGCUUCCUCUACAUCACCGUCUCACUGUACACAAUGACCAAGUCUUCCGCUGUCCUCUUCAUCUUGAUCUUCUCCCUGAUCUUCAAGCUGGAGGAGCUGCGUUCGGCACUGGUCCUGGUGGUCCUCCUCAUCGCCGGGGGUCUCUUCAUGUUCACCUACAAGUCCACGCAAUUCAACGUGGAGGGCUUUGCCUUGGUGCUGGGGGCCUCAUUCAUCGGUGGCAUUCGCUGGACCCUCACCCAGAUGCUCCUGCAGAAGGCGGAACUUGGGCUCCAGAACCCCAUCGACACCAUGUUCCACCUGCAGCCACUCAUGUUUCUGGGGCUCUUCCCUCUUUUCGCCAUCUUUGAAGGUCUCCAUUUGUCCACGUCUGAGAAGAUCUUCCGUUUCCAGGACACCGGGCUACUCCUGCGGGUACUAGGGAGCCUCUUCCUUGGAGGGAUCCUCGCCUUCGGUCUGGGGUUCUCUGAGUUCCUCCUGGUCUCCAGAACCUCCAGCCUCACUCUCUCCAUUGCUGGCAUUUUUAAGGAAGUCUGCACUCUGCUGUUGGCAGCUCAUCUGCUGGGGGAUCAGAUCAGCCUCCUGAACUGGCUGGGCUUUGCCCUCUGCCUCUCGGGCAUAUCCCUGCAUGUUGCUCUCAAAGCCCUGCACUCCAGAGGUGAUGGUGGCGCCAGAGCCUUGAAGGGCCCGGGCUCCCACCCCGACCUGGAGCUGCUGCUUCGGAGCAGCCGGCCAGAGGAAGAGAACAAUGAGGAGGAGGAGGGGUACUUUGUGGCCCAGGGGCAGCAGUGACCACGGCCGGGAGACCCGCUGGGAGCCAGGCUGCUCCCAAGCCUCACACCUCACAGCAGCCUGGGGACCCAGGUGGCUCUUCACAACAGCCGGGGAGCAGCGGGCCGGGACUCGCCUGGGCUGGGCCUCGGGGAGCGCGGGACCACAUGGUGGGGCUCGGUCAGGGAACUGGUUGAACAGAGGGGUGAGCAUCACACCGGAGCAGGGCCUAAGCCGCGCUCGAGUCACAGUGGGACAAAGCGAGCGGGCUGGUCUCAGCUGCUUGCCAGGCUCUGACAGCCCAGGUGGGGAUUUCCAGGGGGCAGAGCAGGUUUCUGAGGGGACCGGGUUUAGACUGCGGAGCAGUUGGGAAGGGUUGAUGGAGAGCCUGGAGCCUCAUCACCUGGAGCGCGUCUUUUCUCAGCACAGGGCUAUUUAUAGUUUGGAAAUAAAGGAUUUCCGGUCCACUGGCCACUUCGCGUUGCCUAGAGGGGUGGCGGCGGGAGGGGGCCGUGUGGGCCUUGCUCUCCCUUUUCUUCCCCUGCCUGGGGCCUUCAGAUGACUGGCCAGACCCCAGGCUUCCUGCAUCUCUUGUACUCCUCUUGGAGCCCCAGUGCCCUCUCUCGGGGCCCCAGCACGCCUACAGGCAGGAAAAAAUACGUGCAGAGCACUAUUCUGGGGCGGUUAGUGCUUUCACAGCGUGGAUUUGAAUUCUUGACGGUCCACUUUGAGCUGUGUGACCUUAAGCAAAUUACUUAACCUCUCUGUACCAGUGUUUUUUUCUGUGAAAUGGGAAUAAUUAUCUCAGUUGUUCAGAAGAUUGAGUCAAUAUUGGUAACAGAUUAAAUGUUAUAUAUAUA